AGGCGGAGAGGCUGGCGGAGAUCCAGAGAUACUGGGGCUCCUUGGGCCAGGCCGUGUCCUCCUUGUUCCAGGCAAUCACUGGUGGAAUGGACUGGCGAGUGGCCAUCGAGGUCUUCGAGGGCAACUCCCAGGAGCCCUACGAGCUGCUCGCGUUGGUGUUCUCCAUGUACAUCGCCUUUGCCACGUUGGUGAUGCUGAACCUGGUGACCGGGGUGUUUGUGGAAGGCGCCCAGCGGAUCGCCAGGGAGGAGAAGGAGCAGGAGCUCAUCAAGAGCGUGCAGAAGCUGAGCAUGAUGACGGACACCAGCGGGGAUGGCGAGAUCAGCUGGGACGAGUUCGAGGCGAACCUAGCGACCCCGGAGAUGGAGGCCUACCUCAAGGCCUUUGACAUGGACCCGAACCAGGCCAGGGACAUCUUCUAUGUGCUGGACCGGAACGACUCGGGCACCGUGAGCCUGGAGGAGUUUGUCGGAGCGUCCAUCAAGCUGCACGCCCCGGCUCGCAUGGCGGACCGCGAGAUCUUGCGAAACUACAUCAAGGACUCCUUCGCCGAGCUCAGCGUUCGCCUGGGCCGACUGGAGGCGUCCCUGCGCGAACCGAUCCGCCGGAUGGUACAGCUGGACGCGUCCGGCUAGUUUUCGUCCUCGCCGCGAAGACUUUCGCAGACGUCAAGUCAGUGCGUGAGAUGGCGGCGUUUUGGACGCCGAUCUGUGGCAGAGCCCAGGUGCCCGUGCCAAAAAGAGGAACAGACGGCACACAGGCGUCCUUUUUGGUUGUUUUGGUGGGGUGCUGAUUCCUGGUUUACCUGGUGGUGCAAGAUCAUCUACCAGGGAAAUCCAUCUAUUUGCCC